AUGAGAUUUGCAAUAUUGAAAUCUUGCUUUGGUUACGUGCAGAAGGGCAAAAAUCUUGUUCACAUAGUUGAUCUUCCUGGGCAUUCAAGGCUUCGUCCUAAACUCGGUGAGUUCUUGUCUCAAGCAGCUGCCAUAGUAUUUGUGGUGGAUGCUGUGGAGUUUCUACCAAAUCUCCGUGCUGCCUCUGAGUACUUAUAUGAUAUCUUGACCAAGGCAAUUGUGGUGAAGAAAAAGAUUCCUUUAUUAAUCCUCUGCAACAAGGUGGAUAAAGUUACUGCACACACAAAGGAGUUCAUCAGAAGGCAACUGGAGAAGGAAAUUGAGCUCCGUACUUCGAGGACCUUACUAUCUUCUGCCGACAUUACGAAUGAGUACACAUUGGGGCAACCUGGAGAAGCCUUUGCAUUUUCUCAGUGCUCUAACGAUAUUUCGGUUAGAGAAUCAUCUGGUCUGACAAGUGAUAUUUCUCGGUUAGAGCAGCUUAAUAGGGAGCAUAUUAAAGCUUAG